UGUUCCUUCUCUCUUCUAGGGUUUAUGAGCGAGGGCAAUGGCGCGAGGGGGAGGGGCCGCUGCCGCGCUGCUCGCGCUCCUCCUGCUUGGAUCCCAUCCAUGCGCCUACGCGCAGGAGGAUCAUGAUCGCGAUCGCGCCUACAAGUGCUUCCCGGCGAUCUUCUCCCUCGGCGACGAUUGGGCCGACACUGGCAAUGCGCGCACGCUGUAUCCCACCGAUCUCGAGGCCCAGGAGGAAGUCUCGCCUUACGGCAUGACCUUCUUCAAGAGCCCCGCGCAUCGGCUCUCGGAUGGAAGGCUGAUGAUCGAUUUCUUGGCGCAAGCAUUCGGCAUGCCUCUCUUGUCAUCCUACACGACCGGCGUGGUGUCGAAUUUGCGGCAUGGGAUUAGCUUCGCGGUCGCUGGAAGCACUGCCAGCUUCUCGGAUCUCAAAGUCCCGUAUCCUUUGCUCAUCCAGGUGCAGUGGGUGGACAAGUUCCAGUCGGAUGUUUUAGAUGCUCUCGCUACUGGAACCACUCAGCCCCUCCCGGAUCCAGCGUACUUUCGGACCGCUCUUUACGUGAUCUCUACCGGGCAGAACGAUUACCGAUACGCUCUACAAUCUGGAGCGAUGAGCGUGGCCGAUGUGGAGUUCACUGUCGUUCCUCAAGUCGUGGAGAACAUCACCGCGAGUAUUGCUCUGCUAGCCGAGAACCUCCAGGCGCGGAAGUUUUUGGUGAUCAGCGUUCCUCCCGUCGGCUGCACACCCGAGAUGCUCACACUCUUCGCCAGCACCGACCCGCUUGAUUACGACGACAAUGGCUGCCUUCGCAAGCUAAACCGGUUGUCCGAGCUCCACAACGAGCUACUCGCGGCAGCCGUGGACAGGAUGCGCGUUCUCCUCUCGCUCCAAGACCCCUCCUACAACAUCACUUUCGUGGACAUGUACAGCAUCAUGACCGAAGUGCUGUACGAUCCUCCAAAGCGUGGCUUCUCGGAGCCGCUGCUUGCGUGCUGCGGGGCCAAAGAGCCAUACAACUUCCACGAGAAGGUGAUGUGUGGGAGGAGGAUGCUGAUCCAAAACUCCACGGUCCUGGCCAGCGCUUGCAGCAAUCCGCGAGAGUACAUAAGCUGGGAUGGCAUCCACACCACCGAGGCGUUCAAUCGCUACGCCGUCAACUCCAUCCUCGAGGGGAGGUAUGUUCUUCCAGGCGACGCUUUCCGCUGCUACUCCGCGGAAGAAACCGAUGAUUCUACUCCAGUGACUCCAUCGUCGCCACCGCCAGGAGCUGGGAACCCGUAGGCCAAGGAUGGCGGCGAUGGAUUAGUUCUUUCUUCCUUCGCGGGAGAUAUUUUGUUCAUACGUAGUCAAAUCGAUAUAUUCAAAGCAUAAUCAAUUUGAUACCGUUUCCUCGGACUACGAAA